AUGGAGCAAUAUGCAGCCAAGUUUGCUGAGUUGUCAAGAUAUGCACCACACAUCAUCAAUACGGAGGCGCGAAAGGCAAAUAAAUUUGAGAGAGGCCUCAAGCCCGAUAUAAGGGGAAGGGUGAUAUCGACAAACCUCAAGACCUUCUCCCCUUUGGUAGACUUGCCUAUGAAGAUUGAGAGGGAUUGUGAAGAGUCUCGGGUCGGAGGAAACUGGAAGAUGGGACCAGCCCAGUUUGGGAACCUUGGGAGAAAGACUCGACCACCUCCAAGGAGAAGUUUCAGGGGAAGAGAUAACCAAAGGACCAAGAAGAUUCAAAAGACCUCUCCGGGCGACAUAAGGGAGAACCAACGCCCAACGUACCCAUACUGUGGAAAUGACAAUCAUUCCACGGCUGAGUGCCGAAGAAGAGCAGGAGCAUGUUUCAGAUGUGGCAAGCCUGGCCACCUGAUCAAAGACUGUCUGGUGAAGGGACCAGAAAACCAACCAAAGACUCAAGGUCGAGUAUUUGCUCUCACCGAACAAGAGGCCAAGGUGUAUGCCUCUGUAAUCCGAGGUACGCUCUUUGUUUGUGGCAUGGAAACUAAAAUUUUGAUUGACCCUAGAUCUUCGCACUCCUUUGUUGCACUUGACUUUGCAUUCGACAUGAAUGCUAGACCUUCACUUCUUGGCUAG